CUACACAUGUUUGUAUAAUUGUAUCAUUUAUUUACAUUCAUAUCUGAUCCAGAUUUAUAUAAAAAGAGGCUGCUCGACAGUUUGUGGCAAGCAAUCAGAUUUACAAAAUGAAGUAUUUUUCUGUUGCCAUAUUUUUCAUUGCACUGACUUAUGCUAGCUGUGCUCAGUUUGGAUAUGAAGGCUAUAGAGUGGAAGAGAGUGAAGACUUCUUUAGUGAUAUUAUGGGUGAUGACCUCACUGUUGGAGCUUUAGUUCCUUUAUCAGGACAUGCCAGUCAUGUUGGCAGGAUUGUUCGAGCAAGUUUCAUGAAGUCUUCUCAAGACUUAAGCCGCUCUUGUAAGGGAUCCUGCAGAGCACCUCGAGUUAGGAGCUAUAAUACUCAUUCAAAUCCUGCUUCAGCUGUGCAAGGUUUCAAGGAGAUGUAUGAAGAAGGAGUAAGGGUAUUCAUUGGUCUUGUCACCAGUGCUGAGGCUGAAGCUGUUGCAAAACAUGCCUCAAUGUAUGCAAAAGAUGCCAUACUGAUCAGUCCAACCAGCACUGCCACUAAUCUCUGCAAAUACAAACAACUCUAUAGACUUUCUAUGGAUGACCGUGGCUAUGCUCAAGUACUUUUUGACUUGGCAUUUGAUGCUAAGACAAAGAAUGCAAGAGAGCUUCCAAUUCAAAUGGUACUACGUAACGAUGCUCACGGAAAAGGACUUUUCAAUGAUGUACAUCAAAAAUUUGAAAACAAAGAUGGCUUUAAAGUCCUCAAUCCUAUUUUUUAUGACACUGAUCAAGUCUUGACAAGUUCACAUUUUGGGCAGUUAGUGAAUCACCUUAAUGCUUCAUUAGCAAGGCAUGAGAGGUCAAUGAUAGUCUUUUCUGGAUACGGUGAAGUUGAGGGUAUAAUUCAAACUGCAGCUAAAAAUCCUAAUCUACUACGUCAUCUCUGGCUUCUCUCUGACUCCCUCACUCUCUCAAAAAUUGAAACGCCACAAAAUGUUGACAUCUUUGGACUUAGUUUUGCUGGAAAUUAUGACAGUGAGUCUGAUACAAAGAAAGAAGAACACAAAUUGCGCCAUUACCUCUGUUCCAAAGGACUACCACUAACAAAGCAUGCACUGCUAGCUUAUGAUGCUAUUAUUGUUGCACACAAUUACUUAAUAAGGAAAUCUUUCUCUUCAUUUCAAGAUGGCAAAACAUUCACUGGUGCUAUAAAAUUUAGCAGCUGCAAUGAGAGGGCUUCUGGAUCGUACGCUUUUGCCAUAGCACCAAGAGAAAAGAAAAUUGACAACCUGUUGGUUAAGGUUAUAAUGAACAAGUGGAUCAUUCGUUCGUAUUACAAUGUGAAACAAAAUGAACGGGAAAUACUUGCAUCACAAUACGAGGAACUUAAUAAUGAAGCAAAGAUUGAAGCAGACCUCCAGAGCAGCACAAAGAAAAGUAUUACUGCCACUGAUCCACCUGUCAUUGAGAUAAAGAAGAAAGACCUGCUAGAGGUACUUGUAGACAUUGGUGACAAGCGAUGCACUCAGACUGCCCAGCUGACCACUACCUCAAUAGAAGUACUGGAUAAAACGUGCUCUCAAACCAAACUCAGCUACAAAGUGAUGGAAAUGCCAGAAGCUAUAAUAUUCUCCGAUCAACUUGGUUUCAGUAUGGAAGUUACAUGUAGCUCUGCUAAUUACGUGCACACACUCACUCGUGUGUGCCCUUCUUCUAAAUCUCCUGAUACUGAGCUAGUUUGCACUGAUAAGGUAUCCUCAAAAGCUAUUGGGAAGGUUGAAGUUGAGGAUGCAUGUACUGGUAGCAAGAUUGGCACAGGAGUGUGUUAUACUGGAGCUGCUGGGUGUUGGGUCAGUACAUUCUUUACAUGGGGAGUAACUGCACCAGCUUGCUCUGCUGCUACUGCUGGUUGUAGUGCAGUGAGUGCUGGUAGCUACCUUGCAUGCAACUAGUUCUAUUGCUAUUGCAGUUAAGUGGGCUCAAAUUUUAAAGGACAAGGACAAGGACAAUUGUUGUUUGUAAAUUUAUAGGCUUUUAUUUUUAUUAGUUUUGACUAGAGUAGCAUUUUGUAUCAGCUAGAGUAGUUUUUGUUCAAUUUAGCAAAU